AUGCUCCAUGCAAUGUGCCCCACUGCAAGCAGGAAGAUCCUACUGGCACAUUUGCUUAUAUCUUCGACAGCCUCAUCUUUGCAACAGAUGCUCGGCAUGCUGCAUGCUGAGCCGGUAGCAGCAGCUGAGAUCUUGGUGCAAGUCAUCACCAACAUUGAGGGUGAAUGUCCAAUUCAGCUACAGGAGCAUUCGGAUGGAAGUUUCUCACUCAAUGAGGAAAAGACAGUCCAGGGCGCUAUUUGCAGAGUCGUCUCCUUGGACGUGGGUGACACCUGUGAGAAGUACGCAGAAGAUUUGAUCCGCUUGGGAGUGCAGCUUCCUUUGUGGACUUCCAGAGAUAUAGCUCGCUUCUCAUCGUCACCCAAUCUGCAGGAGAAGGUUGUGAAUUGGUUUGUCGCAUCUCUAUCAGACCAAGUGCUGGUGCUUCUUCAAGGUUGCUGUCUUGUGAGCAAUCUACAUACUGCCCUGCCAAGACCUGCCCCAAGCUGUGCGCAGAUCGUGGCAGAGUGUCUUGCUGCCGCAGAGGCGUUUCGAGAAUGCCUGUUCCAAAGUGCCUAUCUACUCAAGUCCAACAAGUGUGUGGAGUCUUUGAUUUGGGACUUGCUACAGCCCAAGUCCGCAGAGCUUGUUCCUCACUGCGAAGAACGGUUUGGCUGCAUCCUCGGAGGAGCUUUGGAGGCGCAAGUCAGGCAUGUGGAGACACUACAGCCACAUGCUCGCUUGCACAGUUUGUGGCGACUGGGGUCUGUAGUACUGACCUGGCGACACCUGGUUCAGUUGUGCUGUGAGGAUGAAGACCAGUUCCUUACAUUUCUUGCAAAGCCCGGAAACUACACUUCAUGGAGGCCAGGAUGCUCUGCCAAGAUGGUGGGAAAGGCUUACCAUCACCAAGUGAUAUCUCCAAUGAUGGAGGAAGAACAGCGAGCUUGGUGUGAAGUUGCCGAAAGAGCAGCCAACGAGGCCAUGGCUGAGCUGCUUGCUGAGCCUGACCAAGCAUCUGGAAGCAAACGGAAGGCGAAGCGCGGAAAAAAAUCCGAUGCCAAAUCUGAUGCCAAAUCUGAUGCAGGCCCUGCUUGCAGUGGAACCAAUGGCUACGCGCAAAAGAACGCAGAAGAAGUUUCAACAUUGGCCAUGGAGGAUUUGGAGCUGCCAGAGUCACUGAUCCAGUCCUGGCAACAUCUCACAGUCCAGCUCCUAAUGAUGGAGCGUGGAUCGCCACGAGAUCUCUGA